GUUCAUUGUAGCUCCAGUUCGUUCUACUCCUUCGUUUUCUCUUCUUCCCUUCUCACUCCUCUUACAUCUUCACCAUGACAUUAAAGCGACCGCGCAUUGCAACAUUAGAGGCGUUCAUCAUUGACACCUUCACCGAGGUUGACGCCGAUGGGAAGGAGUCCGCAGUCGACAAGGCCGACCAAAUAGGCGGUGCUGGCACUUAUGGGAUCAUCGGCGCGCGCAUCUUCCUCCCGCCCAGUCGGCUCGCCAUGAUCAUCGACUAUACGCCCGAAACCUUGCCUCCCUCCAUGAAGGCGCAGCUGGAGGGAUACGGUGCUGACAUGUGGGCGUGGCGCGAGCGGCAUGAUGGCGCGGGCACGACGCGCGCAGUGAAUCGAUACAACGGACAGGUGCGCGGUUUCGAGUAUCUGAGUGCGCCCAUGCUCUUGACACCGCGUGCACUCCUUGAAACCGAUUUCCACACUCCGCUGCCUAGCUGGCUGCACCUUGUCUCCUAUCCUGCCCGUGCGGAUCAGGUGGUUCAGGAUAUUGCCUUUAUAUCUUCCGAAGUGGAAGAGGGCUGGGAACCUGGACUGCUGUGGGAGCCAGAACCUCCAUGCUGCAUUCCCGAGAAUCUUCCGCUCAUCUCCAAGCUCACGCGGCAAGUAGACAUUAUCAGUCCCAAUCACACGGAGGCGCUGCAGCUGUUUGGUCGCACUAUCUCCUCGGAGGACGAGCUCGUGCCAGUCCUCGAGUGGGCGGUGCGCUCCCUCGUCGCCUUUCGACCUCGUAUGGGCGCAGUGAUCCGCGCUGGGCCCUUGGGGUGCUGUUAUGCACUGACAUCUGAGCUCGUGCGCACACCGUCACCACAUCCGGCGGCAAGGAAGACAUCGAACCCAGGAACACCAAGUCAUAUCCAACCAGUGUAUUGGGCACCCGCGUUCUGGCACCCCGACAUGCCCGGGUAUAAGACGAAGGUUGUCGAUCCCACAGGCGCGGGAAACGCGUUCAUGGGAGGGUUGAUGGCUGCAUUCGAUGAGGGCAAGGACAUGCACGAGGCCGUCAUCUGGGCCAACGUCGCAGCCAGCUUCGUCAUCGAACAGGACGGGUUACCAACGAUCAAGACGAUCCUUGGGCGCGAAGUGUGGAAUGGAGAUUACCCGUGGGAGCGAGUCGAAAAUCUCAAGCGGCGCAUGAAGGUGGGCCGCGCAGCGACUUGAGGGGUAUAAUGUAAGUUUGCAGCGCUCGUACGAGCGCAUACUUUAGACUAGAGAUGUGUAGAUGCAGAAUGUACAUUUUUGGUGUGGACAGAAA